AUGCCGCCAUUUUGGGCGUGGCGCGCAGCUGAGGCGAACUAAAUCAAAGUCCACUUUUUCUUCAGAUUUUCGUCUCCUCAGCCGCCUUGUUGCCUCAGAGUUUAGUUCCCCACCUUCUGUUUCUUUUUUGUUUUUAACGUUCUUUCACCACCUUUUGGAGACGGGGCGGAGGAUGAUGGAGGCCCCCUUGAAAACCCGGGAUGAGAGUUUGAAACCCAGGGUGCUGGCGGGGCAGCCCUCCGUUGUGAUGGGCAUUGAUCUAGGAACCACGUCUGUGAAGGCUGUCUUGGUGGAAGAAGCAGACGGAGGUUUUUCCGUGGUGGCCAGCUGCGCCAAGGACACGCGGGCAGACGUGGGGAGCCAGGGCGAUGUUGGCCCGCAGAGAAAUGAGCAAGAUGUUCACAAGAUCAUUACUGCCUUGAACGAGUGCCUAGCAAGCCUUCCACCACAACAACUGUCAAGGGUUUCCCACAUCGGUGUCUGUGGCCAAAUGCACGGGAUUAUGUUCUGGAAAACAGGUCGAGGUUGCAAGUGGACAGAGCACAGAGAUAGCUGGAGGUUUCAGCCCAAGGAAGUCAGUCACCUCGUCACGUGGCAAGAUGCCCGCUGCGGCGCCCACUUCCUGUCCUCUCUUCCUCAGCCACGGUCGCACCUCAGCGUGGCGACAGGGUAUGGCUGCGCCACCGUCUUCUGGUACUUAAAGAACAGCCCGGACUUCCUGAAGCCGUACGACGCGGCAGGCACCAUCCACGACUAUGUGGUUGCCAUGUUGUGUGGCCACGAGAGGCCACGGAUGUCUGUCCAGAACGCCGCAAGCUGGGGCUAUUUCAACACCACAAGCAGCCACUGGAAUAUGGACAUCCUCGGAGAAUCCCAUUUCCCCGUCCAUUUCCUCCCUGAAGUGGUCCAGCCUGGGGGCAUCGCAGGCCACACCUCUUACGCCUGGCACCACAUACCGAAGGCAACACAAGUUGGGGCCGCCCUGGGAGAUUUCCAGUGUUCGGUGUACUCCUGCAGGCCUGAAGAUACUGACGCAGUUCUCAACAUUGGGACGUCUGCACAGCUUACCAUCCUGAUGCCGGUGGGUUUUCAGCCCGGCGACACUCCAGACCCUCCUUCGCCUGUGGCCUAUUAUCCAUAUUUUGGAAACCGCUACCUGGCGGUGGCUGCGUCCCUGAACGGCGGUAACGUGAUAGCAGUCUUUGUGAACAUGCUGCUCAGGUGGAUGGCAGAACUGGGGCUCCAGGCCUCUGAAUCGGAUCUCUAUCCACGCGUGAUCCAAGCUGCUGCGGCCCAAGCCGACCCCGGCUUCACUAUUUGCCCCACAGUCUUUGGGGAGCGGCACGCCCCUGCGAGGUUGGCCUCGGUGACGGGGAUCGCAGCCUCCGGCCUCUCCUUGGGCCACGUGACCAGGGCCUUGUGCCGCGGCGUGAUCCAGAACCUCCACUCCAUGCUGCCUUCGGAGCGCCUCCGGGAGGCAGGGGUCCGGCGGAUCCUGGCCAGCGGCAGCGGGCUCUCCAAGAACGAGGCCAUGAGGCAGGAGGUGGAGAAGGCCUACCCGUUUCCUGUCAUCUAUGGGAAGGACGCAAGCGCGGCGGUGGGUGCCGCCCUGGCGAUGCUGUGCAGGAAGUGAGGUCACACGAGACUUGGCGGGGAGCUAUGGAACAUUCCUUCUGUUUCAAAGGAGCAGAUGCUGCAGGCGGAGGGCCCCCCCAAGGCCUAAUAUUUUUGAGAUAGUGGGAAGGAAAGAGAAGCAACAGAGAGACCCCCCCCCUUGACGUUGCGCAAAAACACGGCGAGCUCAAAAUGAGCCACGCGCGGCUUGCACAUGUAUGUUGCUCUUACGCUGCUAGAAAACGGAGCAAGAGAGGCUUUAGCUGUCAGAGGAUUUGGGACAAAGAGAUCGCUCUCUCUCUUUCAGCCUGAACUUAAAAGAGGAAGAAGUUGGGCCACAGGGAAACACGGCUUCUGACAAGCCCUGUUUGAGACGAACCCCCUUCUCCUACUUCACCCCACCUUGGCGGUUUUACUGCCAAAGGGAUGAAAAUACCAGACGUAACCCAGGGCUUUUCUUCCUGCCCUUAACCAGGGUCCUCUUCAUCUCCAAAUGCCUCCAAAUCGUACCUUGGUUCCUAUUUGCAUGAGGGACAAUCUAAUGGAGGUGGAUGGUCACCCAUCUCUCUCUCUCUCUUUCCCUCUCACUUACGGGUGGGUAAUUCCAUGUUUCUGUUGCCGUCAGGGAAACCAGAGAUGGCUGUCUUGUUUCCGGUCUCGGCUGCUGCCACUUUGCCUUCUAAUCUGAGCAGCUUCAGCAGAUGGUGGGAGGGCUGGUUCAGCAGUGAAAGGUUAGAAGACAAGCAUCUACCCGGUUUAGUUCCAGCUUUUCCAGCCUGGAAUUUUCCUGCCUUCUCCCAUGCAGGAGGAUCGUGCAGGUCCAGCCCUGCUUUUUCCCCCCAAACUAGACGCGCUCAGGCAGGGUGAGGAUGUCAGCGCGGUCCGUGCCUUGAAGUGGCUGUGAAAAUUGACACAAUAAAGUCUUGGGUUUGCUACCUCUCUGCAACGCCUGGCUUGGGUUUUCCUUGCCUCUCACUUUAUAUAGGUUGUGCCAGCUGCUUCGUUUUCAAACCACAAUUCGAGAAAAGCCUCUUGUUAGUGUGACGGUGGGUGAGAGAAGAGUUGAAUGAAAACCUUAAUGGACAUCACCUAUUCAGGUUUCGAAAAAGCCAGCCAUACCCUUUUUAAAUUACUCCAUUCCAUCCUGCCCUGCCAAACGAUGAUUGAAUCUGUAUAUAGCAGAUGGGAGUCCUUUCCGCCCACAGAUACCUUUUGGCUUGGGUUUUGGUGGCUGCCGUGCAGAUUCCCCAGCCUGGCUCGGCUCCUGUCAUGUUUCUCUUUUCUAAAAA